AUGUUAUUAGGAGACCUUGGAGCGGAAGUGAUAAAAGUAGAAAAUCCAAUUACAGGAGAUGACACAAGAUCAUGGGGUCCCCCUUGGGCAAAAAAUUGUGAUCCCAAUGAUAAUUCAUUACCUGAGAGUGCAUAUUUUUUAUGUGUGAAUAGAAAUAAAAAAUCGAUUACUGUAAAUUUAAAAUCACCUGAUGGUAUCAAAAUAAUUAAAGAAUUAGUAAAGAGAUGUGAUGUAUUGGUAGAAAAUUAUUUACCCGGAAAAUUAGAUAAAUUGGGUUUAGGAUAUGAUGAAUUAAGUGAAAUCAAUCCUCAAUUGAUUUAUACUUCGAUUACUG